GAUACCCAAAAAAUAAAAAAGUUUCCAUGGUUGCAAGAAAUCCUGGAAGCUGAUCGGAAAUUUUGUACCUUUUUUUAAUAAGCUUUUAUAUUUUAAUCCAAUUUUAUUUAAUUUUAUCCGUUAAACCCCUCAAGUUUCUCUGCCGGAAAACGAAAGGAAGUCUCCCGAAAGCGGAACGGGAGAGAGGGAGAUUUAUUUCCGGCCGUCGAUCUUCUGUCCGGCGGUGCCUUCCACCGUCCGAUUCUCGAUCUCAGAUGAUCUUCGGGUGUCUUGCAUAAAGGAUUGAGUCAUCUGUGCCUCGAAUCUCGGUGACCCCUUGUAGGGUUUGCUUAUGGGAGAGUUCUUGGUUUCGCCGGUAUCAAGCCAUAUGAGAAUGGCGGUCGCCUCUGCAAUGUAGCGGCCACUCCAAGCUUCAAAUCUCGUCUUUUUCCAGAUGUUCCUCUCGGAUGUUCUGCUGAUGGAUAUGGACCAGUCUCAACUCUGAUGGUUAUGAUUGUCUGCGACAAGAACUUCUCUCUCCCACUUCCAGCGGCGCUUUCUUUUGGCGUGUGCUCGAGAGAGAAGCUGACAAUUUCCUCGCUGUUUUAUGGCAGCAAAAGAUUCCUGUUCUCCUCUUCGUUGCAUGUCUCCUGAGGUAGAAAGUUCCGUUCACACACAAAUGGUAACUGCAGGCAUCGAAGGAGCCAUUAGUGGUGAGUACUGCACAAACAGGAGAAUGGAAAGGACAUUUUCCGGGACAAGACGUGUGUUUGUUCAGACCGAUACUGGUUGUGUUCUGGGGAUAGAGUUUGACAGGAGGGAUAAUGCUCAUACCGUCAAGAGGAGGGUACAGCUGGCACUGAACAUUCCAACCGAAGAGAAAUCCCUCACUUGCGGGGACGUGGUGCUUAAGAACGAUCUCAGCACUGUCAGACACGAUUCUCCUCUUCUCCUCACUCGUAAUCUGAUGCACAGAAGCUCAUCUAGCCCUUGUCUCUCACCCACUAGUAAAGAUCUCCAGCAGAGAGACUUUAGCUGUCCGAUCGAGAUAUUAGGAUACUCGAACUGCUUUUCUAAGACGAAGCGCCUUGCCAAAGAGAUAGAAAAAGCGAUGGAGCUGGGGAUCGAUCCUGUUCCUGUCUGUAGCGGGCUUGGUGGUGCAUACUACUUCAGGGACAGAAGAGGUGAAAACUGUGCCAUUGUAAAACCAACGGACGAGGAGCCAUAUGCUCCAAAUAACCCAAAAGGGUUUGUCGGGAAAUCGCUCGGGCAGCCUGGCCUUAAACGUUCAGUUCGUGUGGGAGAGACCGGAUUCAGAGAAGUGGCAGCUUACCUUCUGGAUCAUGACCAUUUUGCUAAUGUGCCACCAACAGCACUUGUAAAAGUCACCCACAGAAUCUUCAACCUCAAUGAAGGAGUGAACAUAAACAAGCACCAGAUGAGAGACAGGGUCGGCAAGAUUGCUUCGCUGCAGCAGUAUAUCCCGCACGAUUUCGACGCCAGUGACUACGGGACUUCUGGGUUCCCUGUGUCUGCGGUGCACAAGAUCGGGAUUUUAGACAUUCGGAUCUUGAACACGGAUAGACAUGCAGGAAACCUUCUGGUAAGGCAACUUGAAGAUGUUGCAGGGUUUAGUCAAGUUGAGCUCGUUCCCAUAGAUCACGGCCUUUGCUUACCGGAAAACUUGGAAGACCCGUACUUUGAGUGGAUCCACUGGCCACAAUCAUCUAUUCCGUUUUCCGAGGAAGAGCUCGAGUACAUAGCUAACCUCGACCCGUUUCGAGACUCUGACAUGCUCAGAAUGGAGCUCCCUAUGAUCAGGGAAGCAUGCCUCAGAGUCUUGGUACUUUGCACGACGUUUCUCAAGAAAGCAGCAGUCUUUGGCCUCUGUCUUGCGGAGAUCGGCGAGAUGAUGAGCAGAGAGUUCCGUGGGGAUGAAGAAGAGCCGAGCGAGCUCGAGUUAUUGUGCAUGGAAGCAAGAACACUUUUGAGGGACACACUUCCCAAUCGGGACCAAUCUGACUCCGAUUGUGAAGAACAGAAGUCAAAAGCUUCUGCUUCAUCAAACACGCUGUUUGAGCUGGAUGAACUCGAGGAACUGGACAAGGGCAAAUCCGAAAAGUCGGGCAUAUCUCGAAUUCCAACCUGUCCGAGGCUUCCCACGUCGAUGAAAGAGAACAAGGAUAGAGGGAAGAGUGGGUUUACCUGUCAUGGAAUCCCCAGAAAAGGCCAAUCUGCAGGAAGAUCAUUGAGACAGCAGUCGCUGAACAAGGAGUCACUCGGGAGCAGUAGCUUCGUGAAGCUUUCCGAUAUGAGUGAAGAGGAGUGGCUGCAGUACUUGGAGAUCUUCCAGAAGAUGCUAAACCCAGCUUUCACCAGACGUAAUUCAUCGCGUUCGGACCAGAAGCUGAGACACAGGCUCGGGACAUCGUGCCGCUUCUGAGGAGCAGCCGGUUGGAUAUGAUUUUAACCUGCCUAACCUGUUGAAAGAUCACCAACUUUGAUGUGGUUUGGUUUGUUCUUGAUUCAUCUUUUUUGUUGUGUUUUGUCCUAAAACGAUAUUUAGACUGCCAUAUAUGUUUAUGUUAUUGCAAAUAAACAGAGAUUUCAAGUGGUUUAUGUACAAGAAUUCUAUGUC